AUGAUUAAAAAGAAUUCAGUGCAAAUAGACGAAAUGAAAGAACCAGAAGAAAAAGAUUUGUCGACAUCGUUGGCGAAAUCAGUUUAUUAUAUUGUCGCCAGUAUAUCAUUAGAAAGAUUCUGUACGGCAGGAAUCUUAACAAUCCUACCUCUUUUUCUGUACCAAAAACUUGGACUGGAUCAUAAUGUUUCCACGUCAAUCUUCCACAUAUUUGAGUGUAUGAUGCUAAUCUUCACAGUUUUUGGAGCAAUCAUUGCUGACACAUGGGUCGGCUUAUACCAAUCAGUAAUUGGCAUGUCCGUCGUUUAUGUUGCUGGACUUGCGUUAAUAUCUACGGCUAUGAUAGAAACUCUUGAGUUUCCUGUUUACACCCUUGUAUCAUUUGGCCUAAUCGUCAUGAUGAUCGGAAGUGGAAGUCUUAAAAAUAACCUCAAUGCCUUUGGUGGUGCUCAGCACAAACUUCCAGAACAAAAGAAACAACUCGAAAGAUAUUUUUCAGUUCAAUACUUUGGCGUCAAGUGUGGAAGUUUCUUAUCAAGAAUUUUAUUUCCAAUUGUCAGAGAAGAUAUCAAAUGUUUUGGCAAGAAUGAUUGCUACUCAAUGACUUUUGGUAUACCAAUGACAAUUAUGUUGAUAUCGCUGGUCAUUUUCUUGAUUGGGAGUUCUAGAUAUAUUAAGAAUAAGCCUAAUGGGAACAUGCUGGUGAUGGUUGUCAAGUGUAUUAAGAACGCAUUGACAGAAAAGUCAAAGAUUAAAGCCACAGAAAAGGAACGCAAGCAUUGGCUAGACUACGCGGAAGAGAAAUACGGAAAGAAACUAGUAAUGGAAACAAGAGCAGCACUCAAAGUCAUCAUGAUCUCACUUCCAGUUCCAAUAUUUUGGGCUUGUCUAAUGCAGCAACGAUCCAGAUGGAUUUUCCAAGCUGUACGAAUGGAUGGAAACUUAGGAUGGUUCAAUAUCAAGCCUGAUCAGAUGAUUGUAUUCAAUUCGCUGCUGUCGAUCUCAAUGAUUCCGUUUCUUGAUAAACUUGUGUAUCCAUUUUUGGAGAAAAUUGGAAUCAAAACGAUGCUUCAGAGAUUAAUUUUUGGCGGUAUACUGAUUGUCAUUGCCUUUAUCCUAUCAGCAAUUGUGGAAGUCCAAAUUCAAAAUAAUCGCAUUUCAAUGCUGUGGCAGGUUCCACAAUUUUUCAUCAUUUCUAUUGCUGAAAUUUUCACAUACUUAUCACAUCUCAAUUUCGCUUAUAAAGAAGCGCCAGCCAGCAUGAAGCCAGUCAUGAUGUCACUACUUUAUUUAAGCAUGGCCGGUGGAGACUUAAUUGUUGCCAUUAUCAGUGGAAUUUCAGUCUUUCCCUCUCAAGUCUUUGAAUUCUCAUUUUUCGCGUGCCUCAUGCUUGUUAAUAUUAUCGUAUUAAUAUUCCUUACUCGACGAUACAAGCACGUCGAUCAUGACCUGUUGAAAGCUAUUGACGAAAAUGGCGAGAAUAAUGAUAAGAUUCGUGUUUAG